ACAAGCUGAAAAAUACGUCAAAUACUUUUUCUCUUUCAAUAAUAAACAUUGUUAUUUUGUAAACGUAUAUUAUACAAAUCGACAUACGAUGUCGUAAUUAUAAAUUAGUUCCAAAUAUAUUUCUGGUUUUGAUCAUAGUAACCGGGAAUUAGGCGAUUCCACACUUAUAAAGCAUAUAAAAAAAUGAUUAGUAUUAAAAAAUAUAAGAAACAGAUUUAACGAGAUUGAUUUGUUCAAAUAAAUACACCCAUUUUAAAAUAUUAUAUUUCACCUUAGUAUUCUAAUGCGAAUAUUAUUUUUAUUAAUUGAUUUGGAAAUUAAAGUAAACUAUUUUAUUUUCUCUGUGAAACAACAAUAAAUCUACAGAAAGAUUAAUUGUACAAGUCUUCAAUUCUCCCAAAAUAAAUAUAGUAUUGUAAUGUCACGGAAGAGGUUUAAUAUCGUGUUUACUGUACAUAUCAAAUAAUAUCCUUUUUCAUAAAAUCGUAUGGCUUUACAAUAAAAAAUUAUGACUGAAAAAUGCUGACCCCCAUUUUUACUGGUUUGCGGACUGAUUUAUAUUUUAUUGUUCUGCUUGGCGAUCACGUGUUCUGCACCAGCCAAUCCGAAUGCAGACGUCUUUUAACUUAUUAGGUGUCUGUAGUUCUUUGUGAAGCGAACUUGCUACUUGAUUGUACAGUUUCAUGUAUUCUUAACGAGUGUAUGUUUGUGUUUUUCUGUGUUUAGUGCAAUGUCUACCUCGGGAACAGUUAACAGUUACUAUGUAGACUCUCUUACUAUUCACGAGGGCGAGGAUCUUUUACAGCCCAGAUAUUCCUCCGGUACAGUGCUUCAGCAGACAAGACAAACAGCUUUGACUGAGCACACAGAGCUAACCCCUUGUAGUUUUCAACCUAAAUCCUCUUUACUCGGUACUUCGUGGAGUCCAGUUCAUCCUACCAAUUAUGUCUCUUCUGUCUAUCAUCCUUAUAUGCAUCACGAAGGCUCGGCUGGAGAACCGGAUGGGAGAUAUUUGCGUUCUUGGUUGCUGGAGCCAAUGUCAGGAUCCAUCCCUUUUCCUGGAUUACCGUCUACAAAGCAUUACAAUAUUAAGCCUGAACCGUUUAACAGGAGAGUUGACUGCUCCACUUUGGAAGCACAUACUCUGUUAUUUUCCGAAUUCACUAAUGGAUCUUCUCCAGCAGAAAAUGAAGAACCUUCAGGAGAGCCUGUCUUGCCAGAAAAAAACGCAGAGAAUAUAUCAGUGGUAGAAAAAAAGGAGACGGACUCAAAUAACCCAUCUGCAAAUUGGAUACAUGCGAGGUCAACAAGAAAAAAGCGAUGUCCGUACACUAAACAUCAGACGUUAGAGCUGGAGAAGGAAUUUCUGUUCAACAUGUAUCUCACUAGAGACAGACGAUAUGAGGUGGCUAGGCUACUUAAUCUUACUGAAAGGCAAGUUAAAAUCUGGUUUCAGAACAGAAGAAUGAAGAUGAAAAAAAUCAAUAAAGAUCAUCCCAAGGACGACUGUUAGAAUAUUACAGGAAUGACAGCGUGCAUAGACCGCUCCGUAAGAAGGAAAAACACAACAUUAAAAUGAUUCUAACAUAAUUUCCUAACGACAGAAAGGAGUUGAAAGACUUGUCAGAAAAGUGCUGCAUUCCUUUGACGCCUAUUCACUUUUGACUACCUUUAUGGCUGCACAAUUUGCUCAUGAACUGUCUUAUAUUGUGUUUUCCAAUUGUAUUUUUGUUACAGCCACUGUUGCGGCAAACCCACCUAUUCCUAUAUACUUGAACAUUGUGUCUUCAAAGUGAUUACUUAUAACUGGAUAGUUGUAUUUUAUUGUUGUAUGAUUUGUGAUAGUAAAAGUAGACAUCGUUGAACUCAGGUUUGCAAAGUAAAACGCAAGUUCUGUGAGUAUUUAUCUGUCACUAAAGUAUUUAAUGUUAUGAAGCUGCAGAAAUUCCGUUCUUUAUUACCAUGGUGCUGUCUAAUUAUACGAAAAUGUUUCCAUUUGUAUAAAAUAUUUGAUUUCUAGGGCACAUUUAUAAUAUGAGCUCUAGUAAAAAAUAUUUCUAACGCCCGGUAGGUAACAUUCUCUACUUAAACUAACCUUAUCCACGUUGUUGAAUAGUUUUUAUGUAACACAGAGAAAAUGUUAAAUGUUUAACUACCUAAGUACUUGAGAGAACUACCUACAUUGAUGCAGUCAAAGUACCAUACGGAACAACUUUAAAUUGUAUGUUGAACAGAUCGAAAUAAAUUACUUUAACCAGUAUUUUAGUGAACCCAGUAUUCAGAUCGAGCAAUUGUUACCUCAUUAUUUUGUUUAAACAUUUUGUUUUUAAAUUAGGCACCUUGAAUUCAACUAUAAUAAAAAAAUGUUUAGAUUAAUUUGAUUCUUCUGUUUUUACUUGCUUGGAGUACUUUCAUGACUCUCAUUGCAUCUGGACCCGCAUGG